CUGAGCCCCCCAUUUGCAUGCCCCCCGUCAUGGAUGGGUGGCUGUGUCUCUGCAUCCAGUCUGCAUGGGGGUUGUGGCUGGCAAUAGGGACACCCAAACUCCUGGACCCCACAGGUGCUGAGGAGCCGUCUCGUGCCAAUCUGGUGAUGGCACUGGUGAGGGGCUUUGUGGCUGCACUCGUCUUUGGCCUCGGAGUCUUCUUUGUCAUCGAUGCCCGCAGCCUCUGGAUACGGAGAGAUGACAACUGUGUCUCGCUGUCCCCAGGCUGCUCCUGCCUCAUGGCACCAAUGGCGGUGGCCCUCAUCCUGGGUUGGUGGCUGGUGGCAGCGAGCAGGGCACAGCAACUGCCCCAACCCUCCCUGUCGCUGCACCCCAGCCAGGGGGUGUCCCUGGGGGACACUGUCACCCUGCGCUGCCACCUGCCCCGCAUGGCUGCCUGGGUCCAGCUCUGGCACAAUGGAACUCUGAGAUUUGACAAGGAAAAAGACAAGGAGCAGGAUGCAGCUGAGUUCUCCUUUGCUGUCACAAACCUGGAGGACGCCGGGACAUAUCAGUGUCGGUACCAGGUGUCAGAGCCACUGUGGACAUCAAAUCAGAGUGACCCCGUGGAGCGGGUGCUGACAGAGCCCACAGGUGCCAAGGAGUGGUCCCAUGGGAACCUGCUGGUGGCGGUGCUGAGGGGCUGUGCUGCUGUCUUGGUCUUCAGCCUGGGCCUCUACUUUGUCCUCGAUGCCCGCAGCCUCUGGACACGGAGAGAUGAGAGCGCAGGUGUCACUCCUGAGAUGCCCGAGUCAAAGCAAUUCCAGGGGCCCUCCAGGGACAGCGUGGAUCUGACCUACACCGAGAUGCCAGCUGCCAUCCCGUGCUCCCAAUCUCCCACUUCCCCCACUGCCCCCCAGUCCCCUGUCAUCUACACCACAGUCAGCACUGAUUUACCGCGCUGAUGGGCCUCUCCAAGUGUCUCAUUUCAGGGGUGUGUGGAAGGGGACAGACCUCAAAUUCCCUGCUUGGGACUCCCUGAUGUCCUCUUCUAACCACAAACCAGAUAACCUCCCCAAAUCUACAAUCCCAAAUUCUCAUUGGUGCAUCCCAAAUGCUUCCCAGACACACCAAAUCCCUAAAUGCUCAUCUCUUACCCCAAAGUCCUUCUUUAUCCCCGCAAAACACUUAGCAGACCAUGAAACCUCCAAAUGCUCUCCCAUCCACUCCCAAACACCACCACCAUUCCUCUGAGACCCCCUCAUCUGUCCCAAUCUACCCCUCCUCUGGAGAUCCCCAGACAUGUCCCUUUGCUCCCCUUCCAUCUCCUACAGAUGCCCUAUAGAUCCCCUAUAAAUUCCCCAAUAUUUCCUGCCUCCUAUUCUCUUCCAGUUUUAUCAUUGGUCUUUGGGUGCUGAGCAAUUCCUUUGUGCAUCACUUGCUUUGGAAAAAUAUAUUCAUAUAUCUCAUCAUCA